AUGGAGAGUAAUUCGGCGGGGUUGUACGUCUUCUUUGAACCAUCCUACCAAACUCAAAUUCAGACCGGACUAGGCAUGUGUAAACUCGUUCAACAGAGGGGAUUUAGAAAUGUUUAUAUUGGUAGUAACUAUGACAAGGAGCUGCAGAGGUUUGGAGUAAUGGCACUCGUAUAUGAGCCAGAGGUUUUGGCCUUUGGGUACUUGGCUGCCUCAUCGUUGAAAAAUAUCGUCAAUAUAUGUUUAAUACUGGACACUCUUCUGGGUUUUGAAGCAAAUAACUUUCGAAUCAUUUAUAGAAUUGAAGCUGACGAUAUGCAGUCAUCUAAUGAGACAAUGAAGAUGUUUGUGUUAAUUGAUGCAGAUACUACUAGAUUCAUGCUCAGAGAUCAUGCCUAUGAUAUGUUGGUGGCCAACAAAUACAGAAAGGUUUCUUUUAAAGGGAAAGUAAUAUUUCCACCAUUGUUUUCCUGCAAUAGGGUAAUCAUUAUAUUAGAGGUCUGUGGUUUUAGUCCAACAGGUGUGCAACAGAUUUCAAGAUACUAUAAAGGAGGGAUGCGCCCAAAACAAAUUGAUUUUUCUCGAGUAUCAAAGUCCAUUGGUACAAUCGACUACCACAGUUUUAUCUCUAAACCGAAAUCAAAGGCUGAGGCUAGAAUAUUUGCUGCCGAAAAACACAAGGAGGCUGAGAGGAAAAGGCGAUCUCGUAUCAAUGAGCAAUAUGACAGCCUUCGCACUAAGCUGCCAAACUUGGUAAAAAUGGACAAGGCAUCAGUGCUUGCAGAGACGGUUCGGUAUGUCAGGGAGCUGAAGAAGACAGUAACAAAACUGAAAGCAGUCCGCCGCAUUGGUGACACUGAAUUUAUUUUCCCAGGUGGAGAAAACAAGUUAAGAGUGGUUUAUUGCCAGGGUGAAGGAGGGCUUGCAAAGGUCAUCUUGAGUUGCGAGGAUAAGCUGACACUGAUAUCAGAGGUGACAAGGGCAUUGGGGUCGGUGAAAGGAAAGGUGAUCAGGGCAGAAAUGGUGACAGUCGGUGGGAGAACCCAGAUUGUGCUUUGGAUUCAAGGGUUAAGUGGAAAUGAAGAGUUAAAAACGCUAGAAAGGGCUCUAAAGCCUGUUCUGGAGAGGCCCUUCUCAAUGAUGAGUAGAAGUUCACGACUCAUGCAGUCUAAGUGUUGUACAGGUCAUGAAAUCUCUAUUGAAACUGAAUUCUAGUAGACAAUUAAUGUAUCUAUAGCAG